GUAAUUUACCUUCUUCAUACAGUAACAAGUUUCCCACGAUCAAAGUACAAAAAUAAGAGAAUUCAUAUCUCGUUUCUUUCUUCCCUUUUUUUUUAUUUCUAUUUUAUUACGUAUUUUUUCUGUUCUAUUAGUAAACGGCUUAAAGAAUGAUACAAAUCACAAGGUCUUUUAAGAAUGUAUCGUCAUCUAUUCUUUUUCCUUCUUUAAAAAGAUCUUCUUUUAUUCAACAGCCAAAAUCGAUAUUUCUCACGUCUUCUAGUACUCGUUCCUUUCAUUAUUCAAGCAUCCAACAAAUAGUCAAACCUUUUUUAUUAGCAGAUAUUGGUGAAGGUAUUACUGAAUGUGAAAUAACACAAUGGUUUGUUGAACCAGGUGCUACAGUAGCUGAAUUUGACAAGAUAUGUGAAGUACAGUCGGAUAAAGCUUCAGUAGAAAUUUCUUCUCGAUUUGCUGGUAAAAUUUUAAAACUCCAUUAUGAUGUAAAUGAUAUUGCCAAGGUGGGUGCGCCCUUGGUAGAUAUUGAUGCAGUAGAUGAGGAUGAAACAGAAGUUGACAAGGUUCCUGAAGUAGUCACGUUAUCUAAACAAGAUGAUUCUCCCUCAUCAUCAGACAAUAUGUUUAAAAGUCAAGUAGGCGUACUUGCAACUCCAGCAGUUAGGAAAUUGGCAAAAGAAAAAGGUGUUGAUAUUGCUAAAUUGAAAGGAUCUGGUAAAGAGGGUCGUAUUCUUAAAGAAGAUAUUUUCGCUUCGUUAACAGAAAAAGCUAUUCAUCCUGAGCCUAACCCACAAACAACACCAUUAACUAUGAUUCAGAAGGCCAUGUUCAAGUCUAUGACCAAAUCUCUCGAGAUUCCUCAAUUGGGUUAUGGUGAUGAAAUUGAAAUGAAUGCUACUAAACAAUAUCGUGCUUCUCUCAACAAGCAUAUUAUGGCGCAUUCAGCACUAUAUCCUUUCCCCAAAAUUACCUACAUGCCCAUAUUUAUCAAAUGUUUGUCAAUGGCUUUAACCCAUUACCCUAUCAUGAAUGCUCAACUCACUCAUGAUAAUGAUGUCCAAACUGCUCGUCUUACUUACCGUCCUCAACAUCAUAUUGGUAUAGCUAUGGAUACUAAAGAUGGCCUAAUUGUACCAAACAUAAAGAACGUUCAAGAUAAAUCUAUCUUUGAUAUAGCUUCAGAGAUCCAUCGUUUGACAGAACUAGCCAGUAAGUCAGCAAUCGGUAUAGAGGAUUUGAAGGGUGGUACGAUUACUAUUUCCAAUAUUGGUACAAUUGGAGGAACCUAUGCAAACCCCGUGAUUAUUUCUUCUGAGCUAGCUAUUGUCGCGCUAGGUCGUAUUCAAAAAGUGCCUCGAUUUGAUGAAAAUGAUCGUAUCAUAGCCAAGGAAGUGAUGCCCAUUAGUUGGUCUGCAGAUCAUCGUAUCAUUGAUGGAGCCACUAUUGCUCGAUUUGGAAAUUAUUGGAAGCAAUUAAUUGAGAACCCUGCUUUAUUGGCAAGUGAGCUACGUUAACAUCAAAGGAUAUUAUUAUUAUUAUUAUUUUUUAGAGCAAUAUAUAAAAGCAGUGUAUAUCCUUCAUGGUUU